AUGUCCGGCAUGUCUAAUGACCCGCGCGUUCCCUUCCAGGCGCCAUGGGUCCCGCCCAGCUCUGCCCCUCAGACCAGCCAUGAGCAACAUGGCUCAGGUACCGCCGAGUCGAACUCAAUCCCACAGCCAUUGACGCCUACAGCGACGGCCAGACAGUCGGUACCCUUGGGCGUCUUCUCGACCCUUUUGGGCAACAACACCACGUCUACACUUAGUGCUCAGCCUAUACUGUCGAGCGAACCUGUCCUCGCCCACACGCAACCACUAGAUGCACCAGAAGGCACCUCUGACCUGACAGCGAGCUCGGGCUCAGUGCCCAGUGCAACCACUACCCUGACCAACACAAUCCCACCGACCCAGUCUGCUGCAUUGCGCGCUCUGAACGCACCUGCCUUCCACUCGUCGCCCUCUAAGAGCAAGUCGGCAAAGUCCACUUCUAGUCGGACAACUGUCACUAGCCAGCCCGUCGUAGUACGCACAUACUCGGCAUCGCGGCACGCAUCGCGCCCUGGUUCCGGCUUCAACACGCCACGCUCGUUUGCGAUGAACGGUCAGAAUCAUGCUUCAGCCCUGUCGGCUGGUCUGGCAGGCAGGACCGAGCAACUACCCUCCGCUGACGAAUUCUCCUUCUCGGCCAUCCUUCGUGCCGUUGACCCUGAGAUCAGAGAUGCCAUCGAUGCCAUAGCCGAGAUCUGCGCCAGAAGCAGAAUGAGUCUAGCUGACGAGUACGACUCUCAUCUACCACCACAGGGAGAAAUAACUGGUGGGGGUUCGGCAUGGGCUACCAGCACAGGAGCCUUGGCGGGACGAGGUCGUCUAAAUAGAAUCAGUCAAGGGUGGACUGCUGCAGACAACACGCUUAUGGCUGUGCCUGAAGCAAGCAGCUCCAGCGAAAGGUUGGCGCAAGAUGGUAGGGCGGAGAGUAGUAAGAAACGUAGUCAGUCAGCAUAUGGCAGCCUGAAGAGUGUCAUUAGUGGUGGUAGUGGGAAGAGAAAGGCCAUAGAUGGCGACACUUUCCGGGAGCAAGAGGCUGGCAGCUCGAAACAGCUUCAAACUCAAGACACAGGUCCGGCUUGGGCGGUUCAAGCCUCCACCUCUUCUUCACAUCCAGCCAUCACCGUUGCCGCACCUACAGCAUCGAAGCACCUUUCCCUAGAUACUUCAUCGGCGAUGCAGGACAUCGUCAGGGAUACCGAUGGAUCGUUGAGUGCUCGGUCCCAGACUGCUACACCCCGAAGAACUCCUUCACACCAACGUGGGGCGUCUAUGCGUAGUCUCCCAGCGUCACGAACGCACUCUGGCGCCUUGGGCUCUAUCAAAUCUUGGCUGCCAUGGCCCCGACCAUCGCGUCUCGAUCAUAACAGCCGAUCAGAAUUAGCAAAAGCCGAAGAUCGACUAAGGGAUAUGUUGAUAUCUUCUUCCCAAACCCUCGGGAAAGGUAAAGGAACAGUCCGCGUCAUUUGA